AGCAGAGCGGCAGGAAGUGUUUCUUAGCGGAAAACAUGUACUCCACUUUAUUUUUCCUUCUUACCUUCUUCUCUUACCGGACCGGAGGGAACCGGCCUUUCAAUGGAAGGGGACCGUUUGGACUGGGCCUGGACCUGGAUCUGGAUCUGUCCACGGUGGUUCGCCGGGUGGAUCCCCGCUUUUUGUCCGUCACCAUCGACGCCAGCCUGGCUUCACAGGAGAGAUUCAUGCUGCUGCUGAGGUCUCAGAGGAUCCGGACUCUGACCAAAGCUCUGAGUCCAGCCUUUCUAAGAUUCGGAGGAACCAGACAGGACUUCAUGGUUUUCAGUCCUCAGAGCAGCCAGCAGCCGGAUGCAGAUGGGUCUUGCAGCAGAGUUGAACUGUCCUGGUGGCUGGAGCAGAAGCUAAAAGAGGAAUGGAUUCAGCAUCAGCUCAUCCUCCUCAAAGAGGACCAACAGAAACAGUACCAUAGAAUCCAGUUCACAGAGCUCACUGUGGAUGAGCUGAACUCCUUCAGUAGCUGCAGUGGCCUGGAUCUGAUCUUUGGCAUGAACGCUCUGCUCAGGAAUACAGACAACAGCUGGAACAGCAGCAAUGCGCGCUCUCUACUCCAGUACUGUGAGUCUAAACAGUACAAGAUCUCGUGGGAGCUGGGGAACGAGCCCAACAGUUACGAGAAGAAGGCUGGGAUCCGUGUGGACGGAUACCAGCUCGGACUGGAUUUCAGCCACCUCAGGAAGAUCCUGUCAGAGUCCAAACUGUACCAGGACGCCGGGCUGUACGGGCCAGAUGUGGGCCAGCCACACAGCCACAGAGUGGACCUUCUAAAGAGCUUCCUUCAAGGUGGAGCCGACGCUAUCGACGCCUGCACCUGGCACCAUUACUACGUGAAUGGCAGGGACACUUCAUUAGAUGACUUUCUGGAUCCUGAAGUUCUGGACACUCUGGCUGUGAAAACCAAUGAAGUCCUAGAGAAAGUGGAGCAGGAGUCUCCGGGGAAGGCGGUGUGGCUUGGAGAGACCAGUUCAGCCUAUGGAGGAGGAGCGCUGGGACUGUCAGACACCUUCGUCUCAGGAUUUAUGUGGCUGGAUAAACUGGGCCUGGGAGCCAGACUGGGCCUGGAGGUGGUGAUGAGGCAGGUGCUGCUGGGCUCUGGGAGCUACCACCUGAUCGAUGACAACCUGGAUCCUCUUCCUGAUUACUGGCUGUCGCUUCUCUACAAGAAGCUCGUUGGACCAGAAGUUUUGAACGUUUCUGAUUCUGGCAGAAAUAAAAGAGUCAGGCUUUAUCUGCACUGUGCCAACAGGAAGAGUUACGCCAGAGGCGCCGUGGUUCUGCUGUGGAUGAACCUUGGUAGGAAGCUAGCCAGGAUCUCCCUUCCUGACCUGAUCGCCAACAGCACAGUGGACACUUUUGUUCUCCAGUCAGACCAGCUGGGGGAGGAAGGACUGGAGUCCAGGUCUGUGCAGCUGAAUGGAGUCCUGUUGAAGAUGGUGGACAAUAAAACUCUCCCCGAUCUUAGCGGUGCUCGGCUACCUGCAGCUGGACAUCUGAAGCUUCCUGCGUACUCCCUGGGGUUCUUCGUUUUCCUGGAGGCGCGGGCCUCGGCCUGCAGCUGAGCUACUGCUGACCAGUGAGAGACAGAAGAGGACGGGUGAAGAAGGGGACUCCAUCUUCUACUCUGGACGUUCUCUCAUACAGGAGCUCCUGUUGUUAGAGCCUUCUAUGCUGCUUUAAUCCACUUCUCGGACCUGCCCCUUAUCACAGAUUAUAACUAAUGCUUAACCUGAUUGGUCAGAUUCCAUGGACCAGAUUACCUCCCAAAUGCACUACUGUGGUUGAAGACUUUAAAGCAUCUCCAUUUCCUGUUUUGAUUUGAAUAAAGGACAUUCAGCUCACUGUCA